GUUUCAUGCUCUGCCCAUCCAUGUGUUUGUGUUUGGUGCUGAGUGCUGGCUCCUGGGGUCUGUCUGUGUGUCUGUCUGUAAGGGGGUGCUGGACAGACUGACAGUCACUAGGACCCUGUGGGAGCCAGCAGCUGGCAGUGCCAGGAGUGUGCCCUGUGUAGCCCUGGCUGGGAGUGAUGGGUGUGUCAGUCCAGCUGUAUAGAAAGUGAUGGAUUAAAGGGGGGGGUGGAUAAGGGGAAGUGAAGGCGGAUCCACGUGGUGCUCACACAGACAGACAGAGAUCCUAUUGUUCCCAAUCAAUUACAGGCAGCAGCUCCCUGCUACAGGCUGACAAAGGGCCAGCCAUCUCACCCCAAUCUGGGCUCCAGGAUAACUGGGUGACUGCUCCCACAUCCUGCUCUCUCACACCUGUCUGCAGGAAUCAUGCCCAGGAAGAAGGUCACCGACGGGAACGGAGCGGCCCGGCCCGGGGGCAGGAAGAAAGCCGCGGCCUCUGGUAGGAAGAGAGACCGCGACGAGUUCAGCAGCGACGAUGACGAUCUGGACGCGAGCCCGGGGUCUGACGGCGGAUUCCAGGCCCAAAACAACAAGAGGGGCCCGGGCAAGGGGGCCAGCAAAGCCCCGGCUGCUGUGAUCGUCACCGAGCCCGAGCACACCAAGGAGAAGAUUAAACUUGAAGGCUCCAAAGCAAAGGGACAACUUCUAAUCUUUGGAGCAACCAACUGGGACUUGAUUGGACGUAAAGAAGUACCUAAACAGCAAGCUGCCUACCGUAAUCUGGGACAAAACUUGUGGGGGCCCCACCGAUAUGGCUGCCUGACUGGCAUACAGGUCCGGACUGUGGCUUCUGGCCCAUGUUCAGCGCACAGUCUCCUUAUCACCACGGAGGGCAAGCUGUGGAGCUGGGGUCGCAACGACAAAGGGCAGCUGGGACAUGGGGAUAUUAAGAGAGUGGACUCCCCGAAACCUAUUGAGAGCCUGAAAGGGGAGGUGUUUGUGCACGCGUCCUGUGGACGGAACCACACGCUGGCGCUGACAGAGAACGGAUCUGUCUACGGGUUUGGAGAAAAUAAAAUGGGCCAACUUGGUCUUGGAAACAAAACGGAUGCCGUGCCAAGUCCUGCCCAGAUCCUGUAUAACGGGCAGCCCAUCACAAAAGUGGCCUGUGGGGCCGAGUUCAGUAUGAUCAUGGACUGUAAGGGAAACCUCUAUUCCUUCGGCUGCCCAGAGUAUGGACAGUUGGGACACAACUCUGAUGGUAAAUACAUAGCACGUGCUCAGCGUAUCGAAUAUGACUGUGAGCUGAUAGCGCGCCGGAUUGCAAUAUUUAUAGAGAAGACAAAGGAUGGUCAGAUUCUGCCAGUUCCUAAUGUGGUUGUGCGAGAUGUUGCAUGUGGAAUCAAUCACACGCUUGUGUUGGACUCUCAGAAGCGCGUCUUCUCCUGGGGAUUUGGUGGUUAUGGCCGGCUAGGACAUACGGAGCAAAAGGAUGAGAUGGUGCCACGACUGGUAAAGCUGUUUGACUUCCCGGGUCGGGGUGCAUCUCAAAUAUACGCUGGUGCCACCUGUUCUUUUGCCGUCAAUGAGAUGGGUGGAUUGUUUUUCUGGGGAGCAACAAACACUUCACGUGAUUCCACUAUGUAUCCCAAAGCUGUGCAGGAUCUGUGUGGAUGGAAGGUCAGAAGCUUGGCGUGUGGGAAGAGCAGUAUUAUUGUAGCAGCCGAUGAAAGCACAAUCAGCUAUGGCCCUUCUCCAACCUACGGAGAGCUGGGCUAUGGUGACAACAAGGCCAAAUCCUCAACUACUGCGCAGGAAGUAAAGACGCUGGAUGGUGUCUACGCAGAGCAGGUUGCGAUGGGUUAUUCGCACUCGAUGGUCGUAGCACGGGACGAGACUGAGAAAGACAAAGAGAAAUUGAAAAAGCUCCCAGAGUACAACCCCCGUACCCUGUGAUGCUGAAUGAACCUCCUGCCCUGCGAGGAGACGCAAUAUUCCAACCACUCCUCUCCCACCCCUAAAUACACCUUUCAGUGCCACCUACCACUGCCUGGCAGGCAUCUCCAGUACUGAAAGGGUUAAGGCAGCUGUAUCUCGCCGAGGGUACCAGGACUUUGCUCGUUCUUACAUUCCUUCUACAUGAUCUGCAUUCUCCCAGAAACUGGCUGAAAAAUGCUUUCCUUCCUUUUUCUAAAACUUUACAGAGACUAUUGACCCAAUGUGUUUGGGGGAUUUAAAAAGGGAGCUAGGUGGGCGUCCGCUUAAAGGCCAAGAACAGGACUGCAAAAUACUGGUACCUCUCACUAUUUUAACCAGCCAUUUCCUGGUACUAUUGCGCAGCCUUUGGCUAUUGUAACAAUAAAUCAAAUCCAAGGAGCUUGUUCCCGAGUUGCGGAAAAUGCUGUGGGUAUCUCUAGGCAGCUGUCUUGUGUUUAUUUUUAUUUUUCCUUUAUAUAAUCAGCAGGCGCUUGGUCCAGCCUCGGCAUUCCCAAAUCUUUUCAGUUGGACAGAAUCGGUGCCUUGUGAAUGAGCAUAGAUUGACUCUUCAUUCCAGCACUUCUGGUGCCUUGUUAACCUCCCAUUCCCACCAGUUUGUUUCAUAGUGUUCUUGUUAAAGGUGUCCAGCUGUUGUCUCACUGUCUUGUGAUGGAGUGCAACUCUCAUUAUGCUCAGCCAAUUUGCUGGUAGUGGGAUUUGCAGACCAUUGAACAGCAGGUAAAGUUGCAUCGGGCACUAAUUUUCUGUUAUGUUGUGUUAGAAUUUAGAAAAGAAUGAGGAGAUAAAGUCUUUAUAGAAACUGCUAUUGUGUAUUGUUUAUCCUCCAUUAAAAAUGUCCCUAGCCCAGUAAGCGUGCCAGGGAUCUGGGUAUGAAGAAUCUGUCCUUAUCCACAGCUUAACUUCACAGGUAAAGGCAGCCACUCAGUACGGAGCUUAUUACUGCUUGAUUUAAGAGCAGGAAUCUGCCAAUAGCCAUUAUUUUUGUGCAUUAAUAUCCACUGCUGUCCCAAAACUUGGGGGGGGGGGGGGGGGGGAGGGGGGAGAGGCGGCUCAGAAUUAGUUUGAAACCAUAUUGAGCCUGGUUGUAUGGGUCAUCCUAUGGUGAACUGGUUCCUGAGCCACGUUUGCCACAGAUUACCUGCUCCAUGGCCUUAAAUGUUAAUAUGCAGCCACUCCAAUUAUUCAUCUCCACAUCUUAAUUUGUUAAAUGUAACUUUUGUUUUUUCUCCCCACCCAGCUCUGUCACUUAGGGGAACAUGUCUGCGGUUGGGUAAAAUAACUCUAGUUCUUGAACUGCAAGUCCCAUUAGGCUUCCUUGUUUCGGGGGGGGGGGUGUAAGUAACCUGCCCACUCCUUGUGGCUCCGCAGUUAAACCAAACCGCAGCAAUGUCUUCCUAUGGUUGUCUGGAUUAAUCCGAGAGGUUUACAGGGUUUGUGGGUUACUGAUGUAUCAUUCUGUUACAAGUUUUAUAUUUCAUAUAGUUCAUUGUCUAAAUAAAGACGUCUUUGUGUAAAAACUUCA